AUGUCUUCCGGCCGCAGGUCUGGACGCCUCAAAGGUCCCAGGGCAGUAUACAUCGAUGAUCCAUUCAAGGCAGCUGGGAUCAGUGACGACGAGGACUCCAUCAAGCAGGAAGACCCUGCCAAGGGGAAGAAGAAGCGCGGUGGGACAGAAGAUUCAGCCUCAGAAGAUGAAUUUGUCGCCGGCUCAGGCGAAGAAGCCGGCGACGUAAUGGAUGAAGAAGAGGAGCCUGAAGAAGAACCAGAAGAUGAAUUUGUAUCAGAAGCUGAUGUCUCUGACCCCGAAGAAAUGGAGAUCGACGGCAUCAGGAACACUCCUAGGAAAGGCCAUGCAGAGCGUUCGAUGUCAUACCAACACGAUUUGAACUUCAAGAAGCGAAGAGCCGAUGGUACAGUUGUGCCAUCCGCUGAUGAGACACACAUUCGUGGCAUCAUCGAGCCCAGAGAUCAUUUGUCUAAAAUCACCUAUUACAAUCUCACUUUCGGCUCAGACGAUCGAGAUCUGAUGCCAGCCGUCCACUUCCGAAUGCGAUGGAACAAGGGCUUGGAUGCUGUAUUUCCAUCUCGUUUCAUCUUGGAGGAGAUAGAGAAGAAGCCUGAAUAUCUGUACGGACCCACAUUUGGGGUUCACCCGGAUGAUGCUACGAAAGAAAGCACCUAUGGCUGGGACUGGUACUAUGACCAGGGCACUGGCGAGAGGUUCCGCAAGAGACAGCGCAUUGAGACUAUUGAGGAGUCAAUGGCGUCCCAAAAAUACCUGCCUCAACCAGAUACGCGAAAACAUGGCAUUUUACUGGGACCGCAUGAUAAUCAACGACUUUUCGAGCUGGGCUAUCAUGAGUCUUUUGACUUUGGAAAAGCUUGGGAGGCAUCAGGCGCCAGAACAGGCGAAUCAAAAACUGGGACCAAAAGAAUUCGGGAAGGUUGGAUAUUAAACAUCGGUCGAAAGGCACAUUGUAUGACUUGGGCCCCAAACCAGAAUGGUCUGAGCCAGUAUCUUGCUGUGGCCGCGCCAAUCACAGAAAAUCAGAAAAACCAGUACAAAUCCGAAGAUAGUGAGCCUAUCUCAUCGUUUCAACCUUCAGAGCCAUUCCCCAGCGCUCUGCAGAUUUGGGAAUUCAAAGGCAAACCGAGCGAGACUCCUUCAAUGACUCUUGAUAUGAACUCAAAACCCCGGCUUCGACAAGUCUUGUGUGCUGACUGGGGGGACCUGAGACGCAUGGUAUGGUGUACUUUGCCACGGACCAAACGAGCAGAAGACGCAGAAGAAGAAAAAGAAUCCAUUGGUUUACUCGCAACAGUUUGGGGGGAUGGAUAUGUCAGAGUUCUGGAUAUCAAAAUCGAUGGAGGGUCACAAGAAACAGAAUUUCUCAAAAUCAAAUCGCCUGCGUUUGAGGCAAGACCCCCAUCGACGGUUUGCACAUGUGUCAGUUGGCUUUCCCCCAGUGAUCUUGUAGUGGGCUGCGGCAAUGGCUUUGUGGCUGUCUGGAACAUCGGACCUUCCUCUGCGCCUGACCCUCCACCUUACUUCUAUCGGCCAAUCCAUGCCACCUACAUACUCGAUAUCACAUCGGCAUACCCAGUCCAUCCCCAACUAAUCAUCACUGUUUCGAUGGAUGGCGAAACAAGAAUGUGGUCCGUCCUCGAUUCUACCGGUGAAAUGGCCUCGACAGGCCGCAUGCGAAGUGCUUCUCCCCACAUCGGCUAUUCUCCCAUCUGCCAGUCGGUUGUUGCCGGGGAUGAAAACGAAUUCGCUCGCAUAAUUCCAGUUCGACGAUUUUUUACCACCACCACUAUUGCGCGGCUCAGCAGUACCAUCACGGCCAUGGCGCAAUGCAGUAUCCAUCACCCCUGUGCCCUGUUUGGCAGUUCUGCAGGUGAGGUUGUAGGAACAAAUCCCUUCCGACGAGUUGUUUACAACAAGGAGCAAAUAUGGCAGCAGAUAUGGUUCACACAUGAAUGGAUUCCCACCUCCAAGACGAACACUAUGGGCACUAGUCGAUUUUAUGACGGAUACCGGGCUGAGAAUCAGAAACUGGCAAAAUACAAGCAGUACGAGACCAAUCCUAUCGGUGGGAUGGGGACCUCGACGGUCUACGAAGAAAAUACCCACGUCACAGCCCUCGGGUGGAACCCAAACCGCCCGUGUGCCGCGUGGGCCAGCGCUGCGCUAGGGUGUGGGUUGGUGAGAGUGGAAGAUCUCGCCAUAUAG